UCCGUCACAGCUAACUGACCGUGGAGCAGCUCGCAUUCCCCGUCCGUCGAACCGCUGCAUCAUGUACAGGUUCAUGGACUCCUGACUGGACUGUUCAAACCAGAAAAUCUUCCCCCAAAGGCGCAGUAUCAUUUUCAUCUAACCGUUAUCCAUGAGAUUCUUCAGGCUUACCUUCAAGUGCUUCGUCGACUGCUUUUGAAUCUCCUUUGUCAACGGCUCAACUGACCGCGGCGCUUUGUGACAAUUUCCAUCUCUUGGCUGAGCUGAGGGUUUCCAACGUGUUAUACUGACAAAAACUGCGAUUUUUUUUCCAAUUUCGAGAAGGCGAAAUAAACUCAGAAAUUCAAAGAGACAACUGGAGCACUGCAUACCGAGGCUACAUCUCUGUGCCUGCCUCUCUGAGCCCGCCGGGUGUCUUGUUAGCCGGGCACAUACAUCAAACUUCAGCAGCCCCCUGGCUAAACCAUCAGCCAGCUUGGCUGUUUGACAGAAACACCUUUAUUUUUGUGCCAACAACAUGUCACCAGAGUUGGAAGAGAAUAGCCAAGGUGAAAUCAGUCUCCCCCAAUUGGAGGCAGGGACCCUGUCCGAGGAGGAGGGUGGGGGGUCAGCUCGCCCCCUGGUGCCUGUGCCUGGAGCUGGCCCAGGGUGUGGUGAGGGUGGAGGGGCUGGCCCGCCGCAGACCCAGGACGGGGCUGCAGCUGGGACUGGAAAUGGGGCUGUAGCGGUACCAGUGGUGGAGAGGGAAACUUGGACCAGACAGAUGGACUUCAUCAUGUCCUGCGUGGGUUUUGCUGUCGGCUUGGGCAACGUGUGGCGGUUCCCCUACCUUUGCUACAAGAACGGAGGAGGGGUUUUCUUGAUCCCCUACCUGCUGAUUGUGUUCAUCGGAGGCAUCCCAGUCUUCUUCCUGGAGAUUGCACUGGGACAGUUCAUGAAGCAGGGAGGGGUCUCUGCCUGGAACAUCGCACCCCUCUUCAAAGGUCUGGGCUUGGCUUCUAUGGUGAUAGUGUUCUUCUGUAACACCUACUACAUCAUGAUUCUUGUGUGGGGCCUCUACUUUCUCUUCCACUCCUUCACCAAACAGCUGCCCUGGGCCACCUGCGGACACCCCUGGAACACCCCCAACUGUACACAGGACUUCCGCCGCACCUGCCACAACCGCAGUGCUACCCAGCCGGCUCUGCCAUCAUCUUCUGCCACCCUCCUCUCCUCCACGUCCCCGUUGAACCUAUCUUCAGCCCAGCUACUCCUCAACGGAAGCUGCUCAGAGAGCACUGAAGGCCUGCGUUCCCCAGUCAUCGAGUUCUGGGAGCGUAAGGUGCUCCGUCUGUCUGGAGGGCUGCACGAGCCUGGUGACAUCAGCUAUGAGAUGGUGCUGUGUCUCAUUGUCACCUGGGUCAUUGUUUACUUCUGCAUGUGGAAAGGAGUUAAAUCGACUGGCAAGGUUGUUUACUUCACAGCUCUGUUCCCCUACCUGGUUCUGGUCGUUCUUUUGGCCCAUGGAGUCACUCUACCUGGAGCUUUGGAUGGGAUUGUUUACUACCUGAAACCAGACUGGUCCAAACUUGGAGAAGCGCAGGUGUGGAUUGACGCAGGCACCCAGAUUUUCUUCUCCUAUGCCAUCGGACUGGGCGCCCUGACUGCGCUAGGCAGCUACAACCGCUUCCAUAACAACUGUUACCAGGAUGCAUUCUUGCUGGCCAUCAUUAACAGUGGAACCAGUUUCUUUGCAGGCUUUGUGGUGUUUUCUGUGCUUGGCUUCAUGGCUGCAGAGCAAGGCGUGGACAUCAGUAAGGUAGCUGAGAGUGGUCCGGGCCUUGCCUUUAUAGCCUAUCCCAAGGCUGUGACUCUGAUGCCACUGGCGCCGCUUUGGGCAGCACUUUUCUUCUUUAUGUUGCUCAUACUGGGCCUGGACAGCCAGUUUGUAGGAGUUGAGGGUUUGAUAACGGGAAUCAUGGACAUGCUACCGCCUAAAUCUGCCCUGGGCUCCCUGCGGCGAGAGGUGGUAGCAGCCAUCUGCUGCGUCAUCUGCUUCCUGAUUGACAUGUCCAUGGUCACUGAGGGUGGGAUGUAUGUCUUCCAGCUGUUUGACUACUACUCUGCCAGUGGCAUCACUCUGCUGUGGCAGGCCUUUUGGGAGUGUGUGGUGAUUGCAUGGGUCUAUGGCGCAGACCGUUUCAUGGAUGACGUGGCUCGUAUGAUCGGCUAUCAGCCCUUACCCUACAUGAAGUGGUGCUGGUCCUACAUCACACCUUUUGUCUGUGUGGCAGUGUUCCUGUUCCAUGUGGUGAACUACAAACCCCUGACCUACAACACAGUGUACACUUACCCCUUGUGGGGUGAAGCGCUUGGCUGGGCAUUGGCCCUGUCUUCCAUGCUCUGUAUCCCUCUCACCGUUAUCUACAAACUGCUGCGCUGCAAAGGAUCUUUGCGGGAGCGGUGGCAGCACCUAACCACCCCAGUUUGGGGCCGACAUCACCUGGAGUACCUGGCACCGGAGAGCGAAGCCAAGCUGCUGCCCCCUGCAGGAACCAAGAGCACGCUUCUCUUUGAAAGUGUCAUCUGAUGAGCUGCGCCCCACAGAACACAGCGCCAAGGUCACCCUUGACAUCAGCACACACAAUCACAAAAACACACACACUACACAAAACACACGCACACCACACAAGCCUGGUAAGAGAAAAGCGCAGAUUGGUUACACGCCCCGCGGUUUUAAAUCAAUGGAAAAGCCCUGGACAAAUGGACCAAAGAUUAAAUGGGAGAAGAACUGAAACGCACCCAUACAGUCAUCAUAUGCUGAUACACCCUCUGCUCUGCUUUCUGACUCUACCUCGCUGACUCUCCCUUCUCUUUUCUGCUCCCCUGCCUUUGUGCUGUCCCGUCCUGUCUUGUUCUGUGAGUGUGAUGUGUCGACUGUAGAUGCGGUAUCUUCCCUUUCUGUGCCUGUCCGUCAGGCUUUUAACAGCCUCAUCCGUCCCAGCACGUCAUGCCAUUUUGUGCUGAAUGAGCAGAAAAAUUAAAAGAUUCUAAUGAAACUUUAAAAAAGAAAGACCUCAUAUCUGCUGCUGAUAUGCCAUGGUCUAAGUGUGUGUGUGUGUGUGUGUGUGUGUGUGUGUGUACGCGCAUGUAUGCCUGAAAAUGUGUACCUGUACGUGUGUCUGUGUGUAUGUGUGUGUGCAUGUGUCGACAACAAGGAGUGUGUGUUGGACCAUGGCAGUGGUGUCUUCAUUUACAUGUGACAUCAUCUUUGGUCAUUGUUUUCCGCCCACUGUAUUCAUUCAAUUAACUGUAUAAAAACAACUUCCAUUUGUCAAAAAAAGAAUCUAAAAGAGACAAUGCAUCACCACUUCCAGCUGUGUGUUAUGAACUAACUUAAGUAUCCAGUGUAUUGUAGGGUCUGUGAAUCAGUGUUAACAAUAUUUGGAGGAGAUGAUGAUUGGUAUACCACCUUAAGAGAAGGAGAGAAACUUAAGACUGAAUUGUGCAAAGAGCAGGAGACUGGUAUGUGGGGAGGGGAAAGAGACUUGAUGCCAUUUUUUUGGGAAGAAGCAAUAAAUGACCAGCUAAAGAAG